AUGUCUCAACCCAGUUCGGAAAAGACGGAUGCCAUCACGCCGGCCCCGGCUCGUAGCAGCGGGAGCAUCGACGCCGGGAAACUCGAAAACGCCGAAGAUGCGUUUGAGGUCUUUAAGCGUGGCGAAGGAGAGGUUGACUUCCGAACUGUCGGCUGGAUACAAGCUUCAGUCAUCUUUCUAAAGGUCAUUUUCGCCACCGGAGUUCUGACGAUUCCUUCGGCCAUGUUCGUCCUCGGCGCGUUGCCCGGUGCCAUCAACGUCCUGGGCUGGCAGUUCCUAAACACAUACUGCGCCAUCAUCCAAGGAAACUUCCGCAACGCCCAUGCCGGGUGCCAUUCCAUUGCCGACAUGGCCAACGUGGUCGGUGGGGUGUGGCUGAAGGAGGUUGUCGGAGUCCUGUUCCUCGUCACCUACGCCAUCGUUGGCGCAUCCGGAAUCUUUGGCACGUCGGCUGCCUUUAAUGCCCUUUCUAACCACGCUAUUUGCACCAACUACUACAUGAUGGUCGCGACGGCUGCUGUCUUCAUAUUGGCGAGUGUUCGCAAGUUUGAAAAGAUUGCGUGGUUGACUUGGGCGGGUUUCUUAUCCGUGUACAUUGCCGUCUUCAUUGUCGUGGUUGCCGUCACACAAGUAGAUAGGCCUGCCGCUGCCCCGCAGACCGGCGACUUUGAUCUCGGAUACCACGUCAUUGGCAAUCCAAACUUUGUCACUGGCAUCACAUCUGUUGCCACCAUCUUCUGUUCAGGCGCAGGCACGUCGGCGUUCCUCCCCGUCAUCUCCGAGAUGAGGAAGCCGAGAGACUACAACAAGGCCGUCUACCUCUGCAUGGGAAUCGUCACAGCGUCCUACCUGACCUUCUCGCUCGUCGUCUACCGUUGGUGCGGUCAAUGGGUAGCGUCCCCUUCUUUGGGCAGCGCCGGCGAGGUUGUCAAAAAGGUGGCCUAUGGUAUCGGUCUGAUUGGCCUGAUGGUUAGUGCCUGUCUCUACAUCCACGUGGCCGCCAAAUACCUCUUCGUCCGACUUCUCCGCAACUCGGUUCACCUGCAGAAGAACUCGGUUGUUCACUGGUCCGUCUGGCUUGCAUGCACUUUGGGAAUGUCCAUUGUCUCGUUUCUGCUGGCAUCCGGAAUCCCCAUCUUCAACUAUCUCCUCGCCCUUGCAGGAAGCUUGACGUUUGCGCCUCUCGCGCUUGGACUCCCGGGCUACCUUUGGAUCUUUGAUCACCAACACUACCGUCAAGGAACCUGGUGGAAGGUCAUGGUAUACUGGCUGAACUGGCUCAUGGUCCUCCUGGCAGUGUUUUUGACCAUUGGCGGCACCUACGGUGUGGUACAGAACAUCAUCGACGCCUAUGCUAAUGGGUUGAUUGGAGGUGCUUUUUCUUGUGCAGACAACAGCGGCUCAUCAUGA